AUGCGUAUCACGAGCGGAGGUAAAAUAAAUUUAUGGGUGGACUUUGCUUUAAACUUCCUUCGUGUACGCAUUUAUCACUACAAUUCUCUGGUUUUACACACGAUGGCAGCCGAUCCUUCCCCAACUGGAGACUCUGUGGAGCCAGUGGAUACCACCGCGAAAGACUCCGGAGCCGCAAAAGCAGUCUCACAAUCUGUUCGCAACAUUCCACGUCUCAUAUCAGUCGUGGAGAUAAUCAAGCGGGAAUACUUCAAGACGCUACCUCCUGGACCUGAGAGCACUGGAUUACAUCAGUAUAAUCACCUUGGGUUCCUCGAAGAGCGCGAACUAAAUUCAGGCUACGAAGACGCGGACGAAGAAUCACGACAAAGAGGUAUCACAGCGGCUCUUAAAGGGCAUAACUUUCUCCGACAAGAAAAGACGCCAUACAUGAAAAUAACUUUAUGUGCAUCCACCUUGCCAGAGGUAGAGGAACAAACGACGUAG